AUGAUCGCUAAUGAUCGGUCGCCUGCUUCUUUAGCGCCAGAACUCGCCAGCAUCAAAGUAUUUUGUCGCCUUCGUAAGCAAAAUCAAUUAGAAAAGCGCGAGCACGCCUUACAAUGUACGACAGUCGUGGGUGGCCGUACCUUGUUCCUUCGCAAUGAACGAUGCGAGGUGGACGAGAUUCGCUGCACGUUUGACCGCGUCUUUGACGUUAAUUCGAAGCAGGAAGAAGUCUAUACACAUACAGCUAAACCACUUGUCCAAGAGUUUCUACAGGGUUUUAACUGCACCAUCUUUGCUUACGGACAGACAGGAUCAGGCAAGACACACACGAUUUUGGGACCCAAAGACAGCGUCUUGGUUGGUGCUGAGGAUGAGGCAGGUAUCAUAUCACGCGUUGCUAAAGAUCUUUACGAGGAAGUGGAACGUGCCAAGACUGAUCCUAUUCAACUCAGUGUAUCGUUCGUAGAGAUUUAUAUGGAGCAAAUUCGCGAUCUGCUUAAUAGUAGCAAUGGCAAUGUCGGCACACCUACAAAUGGGGGUCUUAAGAUUCGCGAAAGUGCGCAAUUUGGCAUCUAUAUCGAAGAGAUGACGCGCAUUCAUAGCAAAUCCGAGGCAUCUAUGAUGGAACUCGUGAAGAGCGGAACACUUAGUCGCGCAGUGUCCUCUACGCGCAUGAAUAAAGAUUCGAGUCGUAGUCACACAAUUUUAAUGAUCUCGUGUCUUCGAGUGAAAAGUGGAAGACGCGCGACAAUGUAUAUUGUCGAUCUUGCAGGAUCUGAGCUUGUGACCAAAACAAACGCUAGUGGUCGAGUGUUGCAGGAAGCCAAAGCAAUCAAUAAAUCGUUAUCGGCGCUGAGUAACGUAAUUAAGGCGCUUGGGGAGGGUAAGCGUCAUGUACCAUAUCGAGACUCAAAGCUCACCCGGUUGUUACAAGACUCGUUAGGAGGAACUGCUAAAACUUGUCUUAUUCUUGCAGCUUCGUGUAGUUCUUAUAACAUGUCCGAAACGAUCUCGACACUACGAUUCGGCUUACGCGCGAAGGAGAUUAAAAAUCCAGUCGUGCAGCGGACUGACGCAGGUGAAAGUGGUGCAGCUUUCACGACGGGCAUUUUGUUUAAAGAGUUGUAUCAGCGUGCGAUGGAAGAUAUGGAGGCGAAGAAUCGUACAAUUGAUGAGCUUCAACGACUUUUAGCAGAAAAAUUCCAGGAAAAGCCGCAGCUUCAUGAAAAUGAACUUGGUCCAAGCAAGUCAUUAACGGCACCAACACAAGAUACCGGCACGUUUGAAAAUGCUGAUGUGUCGGAUGCAGAUGACGUUGGUGAAGGUGAUAACGAAGAGGACGCGAGCGAUGAAGAUGGAAAUGAUUCAGCACAGAUUUUUGCACAAACAAUCGCUAAGCUUGAGCUGAAAAAUCAGGCGCUAGAAGAAGAAAAUAGGAUAUUGUUCGGCGUGCUUGAACGACUUGAAUCCAAGCUUGACGAAGUUCGUGUUGACUUGUCCACUGGAAGGCCUAUUCUUUCUUUAUCUAGUCAGUCUGAAAACACAUUAGAAGGGGAUUUAUUAGCUAUUGACGCAUCGUGGGAAGCUGCAGCGCCUUCUUUAAGAAGCUGGCUUGAGAGUGACAAUUGGCGAAAGACAUUUGAAUCUCGUCUGGAGGUUCAAUGCGAGAGUGUGGUGCAUCCAGUAGCACAACUUUCUGCCAACAUGGGACAGCUCGAAGGCUCAGAUGUGACACAUUACACUUCGACAUUGAAAGACGAUGACGCGAAAGCAAAUUUAUUGAUGGUUUGCGAAAAUGCCACGCUUGUACAGCCUUCAAUAAUUCAAGAGCCAAUUCCUACAUGCUCCACCAUUAAUUGCGUGCAUCAUGCCGAUGCGGAAGCGCUCUCACGACAGUUGGUCGAGCUGAAGCUUCAAUUGCACUAUCUAUCCGAGAAUUCACGACUAUCACUGGGCAGUGAGAAUCAUAGCAUAUUAAGUGAAAAUGCUCAGCUAAAGGCACGGAUUGAGGAGCUUGUGUUCCAGAAUAAUGUGUGCAAUGUGACAUGUAGUCAGCUUGAAAUGAAAAAUCGCGCAUGCGAAACGCGGCUAAGCAACCAAGAGACUCAUAUUAAUUGCCUGCAAAAUUCCUUGCAAGAGUAUCAAGGUUUGUUUAAACAGCAGAUCAUCAUGUCACAAGAGAAGUGUCGUUUGCUUACGGAUGAGCUUGAGUUUUACAAAAAGCUGGCAAAAUGCAGUCAAGAGAACUGUCAUCACGUCGGCUGGGGUUCAUCACCUGGCCGUCGUAAGAGCAAGAGCCCGAGUCCAAAAAAGAAUGCUAGCAAUAGCAGUAACUGCACCCGAAGUUUGAAUGAUCAGACCCUCUCGCUAAUAUCCUAUGACAGUGCAGCAGCAAGUGACUCGCAACUGUCAUCUUCUUCUGCUUGGCCAGGCUCAAAUACGCAGUCUAAUAUUGGCAGCUCACUCUCUGAUAUUACCUCACAUUCAUUAGCAGCAAAGGCGCAGCGAGGUGUUGCGAAACCCAUUGGACAAAGAGUAUCAAGCACAAGAGAGCAGACACUACGAACAGAAACCAAAUGGCAUACAACAAGUAUGGAAUCAUCAAUCCUGAGCUUGGACGACUUAACUCCACCCGCCACGAUCGUUGCACCCGCUGUCACAUCCCCUUUUUCUUUGUAA